AAUCAGAGCGUCGUUUCAAUUCCGCGCUGACGAAGAAGUGAUAAUCGGAACGAUUUGGUGCUGUAUUCGCACCUUUUGCACGUUGCAAGGGUCGUUUAAUUCGCAGGUGUAGCUUCAGAUCUGGAGUUUGAAAAGAAGAUUCUAUUCAAGAGAACAGACUUGUGCCUCGUCCUGAAACUCUGCGGAAAUCGCUGAAGCAGUCGGCCUCAGCCAAAGACAAUGGAAGGAGAAGUACACAUUGCCACCACAGAAGCAACAGAAAACCCACAACAACGCUUGCCAAAGACCUUGACAACCAUUCGAACAAGCCGACCGGUUCCCACCACCCAGGCAGCAUCAGAAACCAUUGUCGCUGUACAGGGAACCGAGCAAGGCCACCCAGAAAUGGAAGUCACCACGGAGAUCAUCGAAACGUUGUCCGAGGUGCUUCCGUCCGCACUGAGGAAAACAAACACGACGAUACCUGACGGCGGAAUUCCUUGUGAUACAAUCUUGGAGGUUUUUGACGUCAGCAACAAUGAGACGACAAUCUCCCAGAAUGAGGAGCAGGUCGCCGUGACGAUGGUUCAUACAUUAUCCCUCCCAACAUCCGCUGAGAACACCGAACCCCAAAAUGAGGCGGAAAGAAGGCAGUUCUUUUGGGAUAAGAUUCAAACAGUUCUCGGCAGCAGAAACUCAGACGUCCUUUUGGCUGAUAAAGUCCAGCGGAUUAAGAAGGUUUUACAGAAGGAAGGCAAAGAUGUGGACGAACCUUCAAGGUUUUUGUUUUACAUUCGACAGAGACAGUUUUCAUUGAAGGUUGCGCCAGAGCUGGGAUGGAACGAAGAAGUUGUUUGCGAGCCAACAAAGGAAGAGGAUGCCUCCGAUGAUUCGUUGCUAGGCAACUGGAGGCGAGUAGCAGCAGCGGAGGAAAUCUAUGACAUCAUCAAGGAAAUCCAUGAGAGAACAGUGCCUCAUAAAAACUACAGGAAUACCUACAAUGAAGUUGCAAAGACAUACGCCAGGAUCCCGCGCCACCUCUGUAAAGAGUUUGUGUUCUCCUGUCCAAGCUGUUUGUCAAAAAAGGACAAAAACAUCAUUGGUCUGAACGACGACGGGACGCCUAGAAGACCUCUCAAACGGAAGACGUUCUCUCCAGUAGUACCAGUCCGAAUCUCCAAAAUGAGCAAGUUUGGCAAAGUGAGUCUGGAAGACUUCAAGUUGAAGGGAUUGAUUGCAGCGCCAUUCACUCCUUUUGAAGAGAACGGAGAUUUGAAUACGAAGCUCAUUGGCAGUUAUGUCAACAGUUUGCUUCAAGACGGUGUGGACAGUGUGUUCGUUUUGGGCACAACUGCCGAAGGACCAUCGUUGACGAUGAAAGAGAGAAAAGCUGUGGCGUCUGAGUGGGUCAAAUGCGGAAAGGGAAAAUUAGAUAAUGUCGUCGUUCAAGUCGGGGCUGGAAACCUGAAAGAUACACAGGAAUUGGCGAUACAUGCAGCGGCCGUUGGCGUCUCAGCUAUUGCUGUCCUUCCACCUGUCUACUUCAAACCUCAAACACCAGAGCACCUCGUCAAUUACCUGAAGCAGGUGGGAGCAAUCGUACCUUCCACGCCUCUGUUCUAUUAUCACUACCCCAUGAAAACUGGAGUCAAUUUCACCAUGAUGGACAUCUUGAGGACAUUGGAGUCAGAUCCCAUCCCAAACUUCAAAGGGGCGAAGUUCGUGACCCCUGACCUGACCGACUUCAGCCUCAGCGUCAACGUGUCAAAGGACAAGUAUCAGAUGAUCUUCUCAUUGGAAGGGAUGAUGCUGCCCUCCAUGACGCUUGGUGGAACAGCAUUCGUAGGAAGCACUUUCAGUUUUGCAGGGAAGGUGUUCACCAGAUUGAUUGAUGCCUACAAUGCUGGCGAUUUGGAACGUGCCAGGGCUGAACAGUUCCGGAUGCACGCAUUCCUUGACGUCAUGAACAGAUAUGACAAGAUUUCUGGGUUAGGCACCCUGAAGUACGUCAUGUCCCUGGCGAGGUUUGAUGUUGGACCACCGAGGCCUCCACUCUCUCAGAUGUGUCCUGAAGACUUUGAGGCUCUGCGUAAAGACCUGACAGACAUUGGUUUCUUUGAUUGGAUCAACUGAUCUGCCAGUGGAUGAACUGAUCUGAUUGGAUCAACUGAUCGGCUAGUGGAUGAACUGGUCUGAAUUUGGAGCAACUACUUUACAGAUUGGUGGAUAACAGGCUUCUUUGAUUGGAUCAACUGAUCUGCUAGUGGAUGAACUGAUCUGAAUUUGGAGCAACUACUUUACAGAUUGGUGGAUAACAGGCUUUUUCGAUUAGAUCAACUGAUCUGCUAGUAGGUGAACUGAUCUGAAUUUCGAGCAAUUUACAGAUUGGUGGAUAACAGCCUUUUUUGAUUAGAUCAACUGAUCUGCCAGUAGAUGAACUGAUCUGAAUUUGGAGCAACAACUCUACAGAUUGGUGGAUAACAGGCUUUUUUUAUUAGAUCAACUGAUCUGCCAGUGGAUGGACUGAUCUGAAUUUCGAGCAAUUUACAGAUUGGUGGAUAACAGGCUUUUUUGAUUGGAUCAGCUGAUCUGCUAGUGGACGAACUGAUCUGAAUUUGGAGCAACUACUUUACAGAUUGGUGGAUAACAGGCUUUUUUUGAUUAGAUCAGCUGAUCUGCUAGUGGACAAACUGAUCUGAAUUUGGAGCAACUUCUAUACAGAUUGGUGGAUAACAGGCUUCUUUGAUUGGAUCAACUGAUCUGCCAGUGGAUGAACUGAUCUGAAUUUGGAGCAACUACUCUACAGAUUGGUGGAUAACGGGCUCCUUUGAUUGGAUCAACUGAUCUGCUAGUGGGUGAACUGAUCUGAAUUUCGAGCAACUACUUUACAGAUUGGUGGAUAACAGGCUUUUUUUGAUUAGAUCAACUGAUCUGCCAGUGGAUGGACUGAUCUGAGCGUGGAUCGACCAUGACUUAUUGGAGGAUCUGCUGACUGACAUGGGAUCUGUUGAUAUGAUCAGCUGAUCUUCCAGUGGAUGCCCUUACCGUCACUUACCUGAAGGUGAAUCAACUACAUUUAUACUUGCUGAUUGCCGUUCAGACAAGUUGGUCAAGUACUCGUGAUAUGUUCACAGUAGACUAAUCAAUUUAAAGGUAUAGUCCAUCAUUUGUAAUUUGUGCAUUUUGUUAGUUUGAAGCAACAACAGUGCUCAAAAUCUGAAGAAGGGUUCUGAACAACCAA